GAAAAGUAAAAUAUUCAUCAUAAUUUGUGUGGAGUUUAACUAGGGUUUUUGGAAUUUGGAAUAAAGUGAAAGAAAGUGCAUCUUCUUUUGUUGUUGUCAAACUUUAAUAUCAGAAAUUAGCAGAAGGAAGGAGAAUUUUAUUCGAACAUUGUAGCGUAGCGUAGGUGUAAUCGACGAUACGAUGGGAAGAGGAAAAUUCAAGAGCAAGCCCACCGGUCGCCGCCAAUUCUCCACCCCGGAAGACCUACUUGCUGGAACCUCUAACCGUCCUCGAACUUUUAAACAGAAAGAAGCUGAGCAUGAAGAGGAGGAACCUGAGGAAGCAUCUGGGGAUGAAUCUGGAGAAGAAUCUGAAGAAGAAUCUACAAAGAAAAAAGGAACUCAAGGGAUUAUUGAGAUUGAAAAUCCUAACAUGGUAAAGCCAAAGAGCUUGAAAGCUAGAGAUGUGGAUGUUGGAAAAACAACAGAACUUUCAAGGCGUGAAAGAGAGGAGCUAGAGAAACAGAGAGCCCAUGAGCGCUAUAUGAGGCUGCAGGAGCAAGGAAAAACUGAACAAGCAAGGAAAGAUUUAGAACGUUUAGCUCUUAUACGUCAACAAAGGGCAGAAGCUGCUAAGAAGCGAGAAGAAGAGAAAGCUGCCAAAGAGCAGAAGAAGGCCGAAGCACGCAAGUGAAUUUCCUGGAGAAUGUCAAGUCACCUAUUUUACUCCAAUUAGUAGGAGGAAUAUGUGCUCUUACUACACUUCAACAUUGUGUCCAUUAAGCUUUAUAAUAUGGUUACUACGGUAUUACCACACCAAGUUGGUAACAUGUAAUGCAAUUAUUUUCGCAUUCUAUGGUUAAAAAUCUUGAUUAUUGGUAAUAGUUUUUGCUUCUUUCAGGUUU